AUUAACAUUUCUUGUUGUGUUUAUUGAAACUGUUGUGUUUGUAGUGCGGAAUAAUGGUGAACAAUGUUUGAUAUGUAUUUAAUAUUGGUUGUUAAUUAUGUGAAUUAUGGCUGAUUGUGAGAUUGCAAAACAAGCUUUAAAAGUUGUUGUUGCUCAAAUAUGUCAAAACAUUGGAUGGCACGCCGUGCAGUCUUCGCCGAUGGACAUUCUUGUUGAUGUCUUGCAACGAUAUGUUUUAGAGAUCGCCAAAUCUGUGCAUGGAUAUAGUACUCAAUAUAAUAGGACAGAGCCUAAUUUAGAUGACCUUGGUUUAACAUUUAAGGACUUUGGCAUAAAUCUCCUAGAGAUUGAGGAAUACAUAAACAAUGUUGAACCAGUGCCACCCCCUUACAAAAUUGCUGCUUUUCCUGUAAAACAUCCUUCAAAUUUGCAAAUUCCUAAACCAGAUAGCAGAGAACUUUUGUCACGUCCUGAACAUAUCCCUAGUUAUUUGCCUUUAAUGCACCCUGAUCUUGAAGAGGAAGUAUUUUCGUCACAACAUAAUUCUGUUGAUGGUGUAAAGAAGAAUUCAGUUGAAGCUGGUGUUAGUGGUGACUCGCCAUCACCUCUCAGCAGUCCAAAACAUGGUUCUAGGCCCGGUGAAACUAACAAAAGAUCCAGGUACUACACAGAAGAAGAGGGUAGACCUAUGAGAGAAGUGACAAGUGUGUUUAUGACACCAACUGGUUUUAUUUCACCUAUACACGAAGGAAAAGUUGCUGAAACAUCAUUACCUUGCUUAGUUGAUUCCCCACCUCCUACUCCAGAACAACCAUCACAUUCUUUCACUCCUGUGUCCUCAAAGAAAGAUGCGAAAGUUAAAGAUGUUAAGAAAGAAAAAUCCAAAUCUAAAAAAGAUAAAGAGAUCAGUAAAAAAGAUUUGAAGAAAUUGAAAUCUUCUAAGAAGGAAAAAGAGAACAAGGAAAAUGCUGUCAGUAAGCAUGAAAAAUCGGUGACUAUUUCAUCAAGCUCAAAAAAGGAACACAGCAGUUCUCACAAAUCAGCUAAAGUGGACAAGAGCAUGAAAUCAGAUGACCCUGUCCGCCAGAAAAGCAAAAGUGAUAAAAUGAAACUAAAAGCACAAAAGGAUGAACUUCGUAAAAUCAAAGAAAGCUUUAAGCUGAGUAAAAUGAAAGCAAAAUUAAAGCAUUCUGGAGGAUCAGGUACCUCAUCUCAUAUUAAGUCUCCAAAACUUUCAAGCUCAAAAAAACUUAAGGCUGCCAGAGUAGCAAAAUCAAUUAAACACAUUAAGAGUGAACGAAAUAAAUCUGUUGAACCUGAACCCGCUCUCCCGUCUCCAGUACCGGUGCUUCCUAAAGAAAUUCCUAUUGAACAUAAACCUCCUCCUGUGGAGCCUAAAGUGGAAAAAGAAAUUAUUGAAGAACCCAUGGAGGAGGAGGAAUUGGAUUUCAGGGAAGAAUCUCCUGAAUCCAGAUUGGUCAUUGAUGAUUCUCUUGAAACUCAAGCUCGUCAAGAAAGAGAAUCUCGUUUGGAAGUCAUUGAUGAAUGCAUUGAGGCUGUCAUACGACGAGGAGAGGAGGAAUCUGAAGUAGAGAAUAAAGCCAUGGAUGAAACAAUCAAUUCUGUGGUUCGUGGUCCUGUUAUAAAAAAACUGGAACCAAAAGACAUAUAUGAUUUUACUGAUACAUCAGAUAGUUCUUCAUUGUCUUCGUGUGAUAUGCCACCCCAUUCUCCCAUACAGGCUCCUGUUAAGAAAGAGAAAAAGACUUCUGAAUCUACUAAAAAAUCUUCUGAAAGUCCUAAGAGGAGUAAAAAAGACAAAAGUAAAAAGAAAGCAUCUAAAGACUCAAAAGUUAAAUCUCCUCCUUAUUCUUCUCCAAAAAGCCAAAAGUCUUCAUCUUUCAUGCUCAAAGUUGAAGACAGGACUCCAUCUCCAUUACUUAGAGAUGAUUUACUGAGUGAUGAAGGUUCAACUCCUAGUUCAUCUCCUCGGUCAAAUAGUUUCUUUGACCAUUCACCACAACCUCCGAGUCAUGCCCACGCUCCUCCUCUCUUAUCUCAUGUUCCUCCACUUCCACCACCAUUAGUACCGGGUUCCAGUUACACAUCAAGUCCAUUUGCUCCAAUGCGCUCAUUGCAUACCAAUCCCCAUUUCCCAACUCCACCGUUAUUUGUUACGCCUUCCAAAUCAGAAGGUGGAAACUCAUUUCAAAAUAUGCCUUUGAAUCUGGCUAAAUCUGGGCCAUCAUCACAGAAGAGCUCACCAGAGAAAUUUGAAUCUAAUGUAGCACACUCUACUGUGAAAGCAGAAAAUUCAGAUAUCAUUAAAAAAGCUGCCAACAUCAUUGAUAAAUCAAAAGCAAAGGACCAUAAAAAGGAUAAAGUAAAGAAGAAAGGUAAAAAGGAGUCUGAGAAAGUUAAAAAGAAAGAAGAAAAAGAGGAGAUCAAAGAAAAAGAAAAGCCAAAGCCCAAAGAAAAACCAAAAACAAAAUCGGAGAAAAAUGUUAAGGUUGACAAGAAAAAAUCAAAGCCAGAUAAAAAGAAAACUAAAGAAAAGGAAGAAAAAGUAAAAGAAGAUAGCACUGUGCCAAAAAUGACUUUAAAAUUGACAAGUUCUUCUGGAUCAGCAAAAAUCUGCGUUAAACCUAAUACAAAAAAUUCCACAUCAUUAUCUAGCAGCCCAUCUCCAUCGCAUGAUUCUGAAGAUGAAAUUAUACGAACACCAUCUCCGGGUGUUCCCAUUCCCAGCCCCCCACCAUUGCGUGAGCCAUCUCCUUCUCCUACACCACCAGUACGGUUACCAUCACCUCCCCCAGCACCAAGUCCACCACCUCCUCCUGUUGUUAAGGAGGAGCCGGUUAUGCCAGCUCCACCACCACCUGUUACUAAAACACAACAUUCCAGAGGUCGGGGUAGAGGGAAAAAAGCUGCUGCAGCUGUGCCUGCACCCAGAACAGUUAUCACUGAAACUGUUGGAACAAUUGUUGAUGAAAGUGGCAAUAAAAUAUGGAUUUGCCCUGCUUGCUCUCGAGCUGACGAUGGAAGUCCAAUGAUAGGUUGUGAUGAAUGUGAUGACUGGUACCAUUGGGUAUGUGUUGGCAUUGUAGUGCCUCCGAAAGAAGAAGAAAAUUGGUUUUGUGUCCGUUGUAUUGCUAAACGCCAAGGUCCUACAAUUAAGCGGCGAAGAAAGAAGCACAAAAAGGAUAAAUAAAUGUCUCACCACAUUUGUGUUGUAUACUUUAUGUACUUCUCUCUAAACUAGCUGCGAUCACUUAUAUAAUUUAUAUGGGAAGCAUACUUUGGUACUGUUCCUUGAUGGUUACCAUGUUUCAUUUGGUCAUUUAUGGACUGAUCUUUCAUUUGAUUUAUUGUAAAACUCUGUUUACAGUAGCAUGUAAUAAAAUAAUGAAAUAAUAUGAAGAAAAAGUAGUUUUUCUUCUUUUCUGAGCAUCAGGAGUUGGCGAAAAUUGUAGCUGCUGCAUUUAGCUAAUUUUAUGGAGUAAGAGUGAUCAUGGAACUUUCAGAAAUGUGAGUUGUCAUUCAAGUCUCAAUCAUAACAAUAUUUUUAAAUAAGCUCAACUAAGAAUAGAUUUUUUAAAGUAUUUGAAGAGUUUUUAUUUGUAAAUAAGAUUUUGGAUUUUUUUUUUUCACAGUAUAUACAAAAAUAUUUUCUCUUGUGUUGAUUUUUAUUUUUGUUGAUAUUCCUAUAUAUUGACAGUCAGCAAUUAGGAUUUAAUUGUGUGAUUAUAUCUAUAUUUCUUCAUAAAAAGCUGAUGUUUGGUUUUAUGAUUAAUUCAAUAUGCUCAAAUAUUUUUUAAUUUUGUAAAUGUAAAACUUUGAAAAGUUACUGAAAGUCUGUUAUGUGAAAUUGGCCAUUUUUAAUAUUUUUUAUUUAUUCUACCCAAAAAUAAAGCUAAUGGUAUUUUACUUGUAUUUUGAAGAAAACAUAGGUUUUUAAUAUAUUCAUUUACGUAAAAAAAUAAUGGCAUAGUUAAUGGUCUUCAAAGUAUUUGUUAAAUUAAAGCUUUAUCAUCAAUUUUUUUCCUUAAUAUUAUUAACUUAUUAUUAUUGUCUCUUUAGGACACAAGAACUUAUUAUUGAUAAUAGUCUUAUAUUUUAUCUAGUAGAUUUAUUUAUUAUGAUCCUAAUGGAAUUGACUCAGCAAAGCAGUUUGUCAAUUUGAUGAAUGUUUGAUUAACUAUUUUUUCUUAACUCAAUGAUUCAUAAUACCCAGGAAAGCAUAUAUUAAAAACUUUUUUUUUCUCAUUAUGUUGAAACAUUUUUUAUAGUGAUUAUUAUUAUUAUGGUGAGAAUUGUGAUUGUCAGAAGCAAUUUAAAAAAAUAUAUAUUUUAUACUUUCAACAAAUAAAAAAGUUUUAUGUUAAAAACUAUUCAAUAUAUUUCACUCGGAUCAAUUUGUGAUCAUUAUGGCAGAACUCAGUCUUAUUGAUUCUUUGAAGAUUAUUAUUAUGAAAAUAUUUUAUGUUUAUAACAACUUUAAAGGGUUUUCAUGUCAUCAUGUGUCAAUAUUAAAACACUUGCCUAUAAAUAGAUAAUCCUAAACUGUUCAUUCAUGUAUAUAUGUAAAGUUGAUUGAGCAUUUGGCAGCAACUAAUAUUUCUGUGGUUCUGUAAUUGUGUAGACUUUGUAAAGGUAAAAUUAUUUUAUUAAGUGAUUUUUUGUACCUUUAUAUUAAAAAUUGUUUAGUACGCAAUAAACUUCUGUAAACUAGAAUAUCUUUGUAGAUAUGUGCAAUAAUAGGUUAUAAUGUAAUUCUUACAUGUGAAAAUUCUUUAUGUUCCAUGCAAUAGUUUAGUGCCUCUAUUUUUAAAUAAAAAAAAAAUCAUGAAAAGGGAAUGCACAAACAAUGGUGAUAUGAAGUGAUAUAUUUUAAUGCAUGCCCAUAAAGAUAAAUAUUGAUUUUUUUUAUUUGUUAACUUCUGAUAAAAUGCCCAAAAAUGUUUGCUCCAGCUUACAGAAAUUUCUAAAAUAUAAAUUUUAAUUAUUUCUUUUGUUUAUGCAUUCCUUAUAUAAUAGCCAUUUUAUAGUUAAGUGAAUGAUUGUUUUAAUUAAAUAUUAAUGUAUUAACUUGUAAAGUUCAUUUUGGGGUAUUGUUUUUGAAAUUAAACAUGUACAUAAAUGCUUUUUUUCAUUGCAAUGCUGUAUCAGUAUUGUUGUAUAUUAGUUUUAAUAUAUUUACCAUUUUACUAAUUGAGUUUCCUUUAUUUGUCCUUUUUCCAUAAAUUUUCUCAAUUUACUUGCAUGUAUAAGAGAAAUGAAUUUGAAUUUCAUCUAUCUUGAUUUCAAUUAAUACUUUAUGCAAAUCUGUUUCUUCCCAAUUGGUGCUUCUCUUUUCUUCCUAUUUCAUACAGAUCAUUCAGUUAUGUACAUUUGUAAAAAGAUUUUUCCAUUCUUCAGCAUAUUAUUUAUUAAACACUUUUUGAAGUGAAUUUUGAAUCAGAUAAUAUGUUGAUUCAUGUUUUCAAAGCAAUAUUGAUUUAUCAUCCUAAUAAACGAGCAAUAUAAACAUUUUCAUGUAUUUGCUGUAGGAUACAAAUGAAGCGUGUUUUGUAUAAAGCUUAUGUAUCUUCAGAAACAUUACAGUUUUUAUCUAAUAAAUAAAGUAGUAUGUGUGUGAAAAUCGUUUGUAUUAUUUAGUAUUAUGAGAAUUCAUGGUUUAUUUGCUUUCUUUCUUUUUUUUAAAUGUAUUUUCUGCUGUUUUUUUGGUAAAUACAUUUUGUCUUUUUAAUAAAUUUUGGCUAUGAAUAUCUUACAGAUACUUUUAAGUUAAUUGCCUAGUUCAAAGUAUGAGGUAUGUUUCAUGUAAAAAGCAAAUAAAUAAAUUAUCUUAAAUUUAGUUAUGGAUAAUUUGUCAUUGAAAUAUGAAAUUUAUUCAUUAUGUAGAAAAUUGCCAGAUUCCUUGAGUUCCAUGCAUUAGUUGUAACAUAAAUAUUUUCUAAAAAAUAAAAUGUUAAGAUUAAUUAAUAAAAAUGGAAAGAACAAUAAUAAUUAUAUAUGAUUUAAAUAUUUACUUCAAAAGAAUGCAAAAAGAAAUAGUAUUGAUUUAUAUAUAAAAAAAAUUAGAAUUCCUAUUUAAAAACGACCUUAAAGACAUGACAUUAAAAAUUUUGGCUUAUUAAAUAGAGAUUCACUAUUACAAAGAAAAAUAGGGUCAUUUGUAUAUAUCCAUUGAAUAUGCAUAAAAUACAAAUAUUAAAAAAAGAAUUUAUAACAGUCUUAAAGUAUAAAAAUUGCAUCCUUUUCUUUUUUUAAAAUUAUAAAUAGCUGAAAAAUCUUUGCAUUGGAAAGAGACCCUCUGCUGUAGAAUUGGAUACAACAGUGGAAUUAUCUUUUGCAAUACAUAAAUUUUUAUACGAGAUUUUAAUGAACCAUCUCGAUGUGAACAUACUGGUCUGUUGAGAACUGCUUUUGUGAUGUAUACUAAGAGAGAACUUGUGCAUGUGAUUGUAUUUCAUAAAAUCAAAUGUGAUUUUUAAUGAACCAUUGUAAUUUUUUUAAGUUUCUGUAGAAACUAGUAUAUGUCACAUGUCCUUGUAUGGCAACGAAAUGUAAUAAAUUAAUAAACUCCAUGUUAGUUUAUAA